GGUGCACUUGCCCCGGAGGGCGCCGCCUCGGGCUCGGCUGUCGGUGUCCUGCGCGCGGCCGGCGGACCCGCUGCGCACCCGGCCGCCUGGACGCGCCAGACCCGAAAGUUUUCUCGGGAAGUCGGAGCUCCCGCAGUGGAAACUCGAAGCCCAGCAUGAUUCUGCCCAACACCACGGCCACGACGCCCUUUCUGAACGCGCUGUGGCAGGGGACGGCUCACCAGGGCGGCAACACGUCAGGCCUGGCCCGCAGGUCGCCUGGCAGUGACGACAGCCAGCUGGAGGCACUCUAUAUCCUCAUGGUGCUCGGCUUCUUCGGCUUCUUCACCCUGGGCAUCAUGCUGAGUUACAUCCGCUCCAAGAAGCUGGAGCACUCCCACGACCCGUUCAACGUGUACAUCGAGUCCGACACCUGGCAGGAGAAGGACAAGGCGUACCUCCAGGCCCGGGUUCUGGAGAGCUACAAGGCAUGUUACGUCAUUGAAAACCAGCUGGCCGUAGAGCGGCCCAACGCACACCUUCCCGAGAUAAAACCUCUGUCAUGACCCCGCAGUUGGCUAAAACUGGACAGAUCCCACUUGACAAUCUGAUCUUUCUAAUCAUGUACCUUUUAUAUUCUUUAUCGGAAGGAUGUAAUUGGGUUUUUUUGUUUUUUUUUUUUUUUUUGCUGUUGUAAAGGGUGGAUUCGUAACACCAUUUCUCUAAAAUCACAUUCCUUCUGUAGGGGACCUCCAGCUAUUCCCCAGUGCCUGACCCUGCCUUGUUAGUUUUAGCAGAAUCCCUAAGAUCAUGGCCUCUGAGAUACUUCCCAGACUCCCUUGCAGCGAGCAAGGUCACGGGAUGAAGUUCUGGCCAGUAGAAGUGGGAGCGGUUCCAGAAAAGGAAGGGGUGUGUCGUCCACUCCCCUCCCCUUCUUCCCAGUGGCUGGGACGUGGAAGAGGUAGUGAACCAGCUUUGACUCUGUCCAGAAGGACACCAUUGGGCACCUGGGUGGCUCAGUCGGUUAAGCAUCCAGCUUCAGCUCAGCUCUCGAUCUCGCUGUUCGCUGGUUCAAGCCCCGCGUCGGGCUCUGUGCCGACAGCUCAGAGCCUGGAACCUGCUUCGGAUACUGUGUCUCCCUCCCUCUCUGCUCCUCCCCUGCUCACUCUGUCUCUCUCUCUCUAAAAUAAGCAUUAAAAAAAAAAUUUUUUUUUAAAGAAAAGGACAGGAUCCUCGCAGGUGACAGAGCAGUAAGAGUCUGGGUCGCUGGGCAACGUCAUGGGGCAGUGUCUCUUUUCCUGGUCACCCAUCGCCAGCUCAGUCAUUAUAGGAAAGAGAAACUAACCCUGGCCUUCCUUGGGCCACUGCUAUUUUGGUUCCUGUUAAAGUAACAGAGUCAAUAUCCUAACUAAUAUCCUAUUUUAUGGGGCUGAGACCAAAGGCAUAAUAUUCCCGUAUUUGUCACAAGCUGGCCAUCUGCCCUUGUUAGGACAAAACCACUCUGCCCUUAUCCUCUGCCUUCACCAGGGAGGCUCUGGCCUCCUCCUCCUUCCUCCUCCUGCACCUCCCUUACCCCCACCCUUCACACAUACCCCCCCCAAACACACACACACACACACACACUCACACCCACGGAGGCACACACGUACACACAGAGAAGCUCUCCCCCUCCCCCAACGCGGACACUUCCUACUCUCCUAUCCCCAUCUCAGAGGAGCUCACGUCCUCCAGGACCGAGAUGCCGGAGAAAAAAUUUCCACUUCCGAAUGUGUACCAAGGGGAAGGUGCUCAGUUAUCACGGCCGGAGGGAGAGACGCAUCCGCCAACCCCAGAACCCAGGAGAAGGCGUGGGCUUGGGCAAGUGGCAGCGCCUGGGGUCAAGGCGGCGGGGCCUUUUGAGGUUGAAUUGUGUCCCCCCCUCAAAAGAUGUGUUCAAAUCCUACCCCUGGUACCUGUGAAUGUGACCUGACUUGGAAAUAGGGUCUUUGCAGAUGCCACCAGGUUAAGAUGAGGUCCCUGGGGUGGGCCGACCUCCGAUAUGACUGAUGUUCUCAGAAGAUGUGGGCAAUUAGGUUACGGCCACAUGGGGAGAAGCCUCGUCAAGACAGGCAGAGACUGUCAGCGGGGAGCCAAGGAGCGCCGGGGAUUGACGGCCAACACCAGACUGGGAGAGGCCAGGAGGGGCUCUCCCCUACUGGUUUCAUGGAAGCUUGGCCCCACAUGCACCAUGAUUUCAGACUUCUGGCCUCCAGACCUGUGGGACCAGGAGUUUGUUAGGUUUCAUUUGGGCUCUGUCAGGGCAGCCACGGGAACUCGGGCAGUGCCUUUUCCCCCACCCCCAGACAGCAGCUUUCUUCUCCUCGCCUCCUGACAGGACAGAAGAUUCUCUGGGAAUCUUCCCUCACAGAUGAGAGAGUGGGAAAGGGAUUGCGGUGGAGGUGGAUGGUGCCGGGGCCAUUCAUUGCUCAGGGCAGUAGAAGAAAGCCCCCUUGGCGUUACCUGACCUUCGAGAAUCCCAGAGAACGACUGCCUUGGUUUCAGCCUGUGUCUCCAGUGGUCGCCAUAGCACGCUGCGACACGCUGAAUGCUUGCCCACUCCUGGAAAAGGGUGGACUGUUGAAAUAAAACAUCAUCGGUGGAAACCUGCACACAGUGUACAUUAGAAGCAACACAUCAGCAUUGUUGGCCGUCCUCAGUGGACAAAUGGGGCCUCGUCCACUGCCGCCCUUGCUUGGUGGGAUAGACCGUGAUGCUUCCACGUGAGCUUGGAGGCAGGGGUUGGGACAUGUCUGACCAGAACCCUGGCGUGGACUCCUAGAGUCUCCGCGAUGUGAGUGGCUCUUUGGGACAGAAUCCUUUGAAAGCCUAAUGAAAGCUAUGACUCCCUGUCACCCCGUUCCCGAAAAAUGUACAUGGACGCGUUUUGCCCAACAUCGCGGGGGCUCAUGGGCUUCUGGAGGCCUUCUCACAACUGGGGGCAUCUGAUGAACCCUGCGUGGGUUACCAGCUUCUGACAGACACAGAUUGCCCGCAGGGAAGGCAGGCAGGCUGGGGGUGCACCUUUGGAGGGGGACCCAGAGGGCACUCUGACCCGCGAUGUGAUCAGAGCCGGCGUAGCAACUGGACCCCCAGGCACACAGCUGGUGCUUAGCAUCAGUCCACUGACCCCCCCACUGGGAUUCCUGUGACUUUUAAGGCAGGGGGAGACCCCAUGAUCCUUAGUGUUCCCGGGCCUCGAGGGACCCGGUGUUCAGCACCCUCCUCCACGCCCCUCAAACCUUUUAUAAGCCACACAUUUUCAAAGGCUUAUUAUCAUAUUUCCCCCCUUUUUUGUUACAUUUAAAUUUGAGCUAACAUACGGUGCAAGAUUGGUUUCAGGAGUAGGAUUCAGUGGCUCAUCACUUCCAUACAACACCCAGUGCUCAUCACAAGUGUCCUUCUUAGUCCCCAUCCUCCAGCCGGCCCAUCCCCCACCCACUUCCCUCCAGCAACCCAUAGUUUGUUCUCCAUCGUUAAGAGUCUCUUAUGGUUUGUUUCCCUCUCUUCUCCGCCCCCCACUCCUUCCCCAUGUUUGUUAACAUGCAUAGAGCACUUGCCAUGUCGGUUACUGUUCUGAGCUCUUUAGAAAUGGAAUCCCAGGGGCACCCGGGUGGCUCAGGCAGCUAAGCGUCCAGCUUUGGCUCCGGUCAUAAUCCUGCGGUCUAUGAGUUCAAGCCCCACGUUGGACUCUGUGCUGACAGCUCAGAGCCUGGAG